ACCUUCUAAUUGUGAAGGUAAAACUUUUAAUCAUCGUUAACAAUUAACCAGAUUCAUCAAUCCACAACAUUGAUUCUUGUCGGAAAACAGUUAAAUUUGUUAAUCAGUUGCUACUGUUGAUUUAUAUAUUUAUCAAUCUCUCUUUCAUUCAGUUGUUUCAAUCAAUCCGAGUUAAAUUAGGUUAGUUAACCAACAACCAGUAACACUCAUUAGUUAAAUUUACAGUAACAAUUAAACAACAGAAAGUAAUCAAAUUAGAAUAAAAAAUUUCUCGUUCUCAAUAAGUUUCCUGUAUUCAAACAUUAUUAUCGUCGAGUCCUUGGUGAUUACCAAUUUGUUGAUUGUUAUAACACAAUAUGGACACUGGGGAUACAUCAUCUUCAAUUGUUGGAUCCAAACCAUCAAGUUAUCAAUUGAUUGGGUCAAGUGACCAACGGAAUCAAGUUAAUUACGAUCCAUCGGGAAGUAAUUUAAGUGUAACUAGUUCAAUAGAUUCUGGUGAAUUUGUUGUUGACACUGGAAUACCAAUUAAAUCAACUGCUUCUAAUUCAAAUCAGUCCAAAUUUGAUAGGAAAUCACAAUUAUAUCAUAAACUUAUCAGUGAUGAUGGAAGUGAUUCCGCCAAAGGAUCAAUUUUAUCAACAGGUCGUAAUCUCCUCGAUAAAUCAGCUUUUUCCCAUCGAUCCAUUGUUAACCUUUACACUGAAUACAAACAAAGUGACGAGAAGACAAUGUUUCAUAAACUUUCAUUUGUCUCUGUAAUUAUUGCCUCAGUAUUAUGGAUAAGCUGUUGGGCCGGAGUUAUAUUUUUACCCUUGGCAAUGAUUGUAUUUGGUUUCAUCUAUCGUACUGAUUGCCCUUUAAUACCUGAACUACCUGGUCUACUGAUCUUCAUGGGCAUAGUGACAACAAUUAACAAUAUUGUCAACGUACUUGAUCAUAUCCGUAAUUUAUAUAUCAUUGGAAACGACAAUCAAUCAAUUGUUGGUCCAAAUAGUUCAUCAGAAUCAACAAUAUCCUCACAUUUAUCAACAUUCAGCUUCAUCCUUAAUCUAAUUACAACAAUUUUAAUCAUCUAUUUAACUGUAAUCAUCUUUAAACAUCCAACAAUUAACUCGGAUUCUAAUUCAGCUGAUUUCUGUUCACCGGUAAUUUACAAUUUCGCCUCUUGGAUAAUUUAUUUAAUUGGAUUAUUGUGUCUCUUCAUCUUGAUUGCAAUCAUAUUGGGUUGUUGUUUUAUCCUAUGGAAACCAGCUCGUUGUGCUACUGAUUGUGAUCAAUUAAUCAACUAAUCAGUCAACAAAAGUUUACCUUUAAUUAACUAUCAACACCUUGAAACAAUUUAAAGUUACCUGAUUUUAAUUAGAGUCAAAUCCUUGAAAUUGUUCAAUUUAUUGGUAUUUCUUUUAAUUACUUGUUUUAUUUUUUACUAAUUCUAAUUGUUUCCGUUAAUUGUGUGACUCACCUUAUCCAUUCAAGUGUAAAUUAAUUCAUUUAAGUUAAUUACUAUUUAAUUCACUCUCAUUGGCCACUUUGUCUUCCCAACUCACCCAACUUGAUCAUCAUCUUCAUCUUCCUAAUCAUCUUCAUUAUCAUCUUGCAAAGAACUACUACCCAGAGGCUAAUCCUGAUUCACCAGGAGCUUUCAACCAGUGGGCUUACCAUGAAUACUCAGAGGAUUGGAAUCAGAGCCAAUGGAAAAAUGGAAGAAGAUGAAAAGAAGAUGAGAAGAAGAUGAGAAGAUGAUGAAGAUGAUGAAGAAUAAGGUAAGAAAAUGGAUAUUAGAUAAACAGAGAUGAUAUUUGACUGACGAAAACAGGUUACCCAUCAAAGAAGAGGUUCAACCCGAAAAUCCUCAAAUUGGCCUAGACCAUUGGAAGAUAAUCAUUCUUCAAUUUUACUCACUCAUCUUCUUCUUCUCAUCAUCUUUAUCUUCAUCAUCAAAAACCCUAAUUACGCCUCAGGUGACCUAGCGAAUCGUAAUUUCUUUCAUCAUCUUCAUAACAGAUUAUACUGAUUCUCAACCGAAUCAAAUUCAUUUAUUUAUCAUGGUCACAUCAUCAUUAACUUUCAUCUUCUCAUGUAAUCAACUAAUAUCAUCAUUCAAAUAAUCAAAUUAAAUCGAACAAAAAAACAAUUUAUCUGUACAAUCAAAAACGAUUAUAUAAAUUAACUCCAAUCAGUUAAUUUCUUUUCAUUAAAUCAUAUUUCAAUCUUA